AUGUUUUGUGAUUCAGAAGGAAAGGAGGCCAGACUUGUGAGCGGUCGAUGGCAGGCAGAUGUAACGGUGACGGAAGACGAUAAUUGUGGUCUUGCGAUGUUUGCGUUUGAAAUGUGGAAAGUCAAUCUCAGCAUCUCCCGCAGCUUUCCAGCUCGGCUCUUCCUUAGCUUUAGCCUUCCGUGUGCACAGAGACCUGAAGCGGUCUUCGAGGGCCAACAGGUCAUGGCGCCAAGCCUAAAGCGCUUGGCAACGCUGUACUUGCUGCCAGUGCCAACGUUCGAAACCUUUUCCUGGAAGGGCCUUGGCCAAUGCCACGAAAUGGGUUCUGGUCGCUCUUGCAAUGCUGGAAUCAGCGAAGCAGGCUCUGAUGGUACCUUGGCCGCUGGUGGUCUAUCAUCUCAAACAAAAAGGAUGCCGUUGAUGGAUAUGUGGGUAGAUUUGAAGACGAAUCCUUAA